AAUACGUCAUUCUAUUUUUUUUCUUUUUCCCAUUUUUAAUUUUUCAUUCGCAAGAGCACGAAGAGAGCGUCGUCGUCUUCGCUAUGUCGCGACAGAGAUCCAGAAGAGCCGAACUACCUCCCGCUCAGGAGAAUAUUGAAAAAUUGGAGAAAGUUGUAAACGAUGGAAAUUAUUAUGGAGCUCAGCAAAUGUACAAAUCCGUUAGUGCCAGAUAUGUUUCUGCUCAGAGGUACUCUGAAGCAUUAGAUAUCCUACAUUCAGGAGCGUGCAUUCAGUUGUCUCAUGGGCAGGUUACCUGUGGAGCAGAGUUAGCUUUAUUGUUUGUGGAGACAUUAGGGAAAGGGAAAAUUCCUUACGAUGAGGAAAUUCUUGAACGUCUCAAGAAGAUCUACAAAUCAUUUCCUCGGGUUUCAUUGCCACAAAACCUAUGGGAUGUCGAUGACAUGCAGCAGCUUUCUGAAAACAUUGGAAGUGCAAAGACACGUGUUGAGGGCUGCUCCUCAUUCUUAAAAGCUGCUAUCAAGUGGUCCGCCGAACAUGGAGCAAAUAAUAAUGGAUCUCCAGAGCUGCACAUCAUGCUAGCUGAGUACAUAUUUUCUGAAAGUCCUGAGGUGGAUAUGGCUAAAGUGACGUAUCAUUUUGUGAGAGGAAAUAAUCCAAAGAAGUUUGCUUCUACUCUUGUGAGUUUUUUGGGCAAGUGUUAUCCUGGUGAAGACGAUUUGGCCAUUGCUCGGGCAGUUUUGAGGUACUUGUCUUCAGGCAAUUUGAAAGAUGCGAACAUACUAAUGGAAGAGAUAAAGAAGCAAACUGAAUCAGCUGAGGUUGCGUUUCCUAAGACAGAGUUGAUGCAAUUCAUCACUUAUCUUUUGCAAACGUUGGAGAGAGAUGCUUUGCCUCUUUUUAAUAUGUUGAGAACAAAUUUUAAGCCAAGUAUUGAGAGGGAGCCUGCGUUCAAUGAGAUGCUAGAUGAUAUUGCGGAGAGGUUCUUUGGAGUACAGCGAAGGAACCCCAUGGGAAUGUUUGGAGAUAUAUUCAAGUUGAUGGGAGCUGAGUAAUGACAAUCAUUAUGGAGACACUACCAGAUAGAACAGCAACUUCUACAGAACGUUCCAAUAAUUAUAUAUAUUUUUUUCUUCUUUUGGUUAAUGAUAGAGCAAAUUCAUCUCAUUGAAGAAAAUAUGUGUUAUCUCGUGAUUUGUAAAUGCUAAUUAUUUAACAAUUUUGCUAAGUACCCGUUCCAUUUUUUUAAUGUAAAAAUGACUUGCAUUAGUUUUUCUCUUUCCUGGCAGAUUCGAGGUUGAAAUGACUUGUAAACAAUAACAAAUUAUCUUGUGCUAAAUCUUAACACAAAUUAGAUUAAGCUCGUUAA